GCGGGCUGCAAAGCGGGUGUUCCAGACGCUAUGCCGGGCUCGCCGGCUCGGGGUGCUGCGGUGGGCACUGGGCACCGGGGUCCCCGAAAGUCUUGGACCGAGCUGCUGGCGGGCAGAGUUAAAAAACAAAAAUAUGAUCCCGAAAGGGAACAGAAAUUAAAGGAUUCCGCUCUGAAACUCCUGAGAUACCAUCAAAACAUGCAUGACCUUUUGCUAGAGGUAGAAGAGCCUCAGCGUCAACAGCCGCGUCUCAGCGAGCUGAUUGCCUGCGACCCUGCCGAAGCUUCCUCAGACCCGUCCGCUUCCUUCAUCCGCUCUGCUUUUCGGGAUCAAGCCUCAAGGCUGGGAGUUCCUGUGGGGGUGCUGUCUGCCACAGUGUUUGCCCGUGCCGUGCGGCAGGUCUGCGUGGAGCCCAGCCACCCCGUGCUGCUCAGCCCGGAACAGAGCAAGAAGCUGUCUUCCUCACUAGCGACUGCUCAGUGUUUGCUGGCACACAGUAUGUUCUCCCGCCUCACCUUUUGUCAAGAAUUAUGGAAAGCACAGGAUUCUUUGUUGCUUGAAGCCGUGUGGUGUCUUCACACGCAUGGUGUCGUGAGCCUACAAGAGCUACUGCAAAGCCAUCCUGACACGGAAGCUGUGACCACGUGGCUCUUCAGGAACCUACGCUUUCUGAGUGAGCAGAUAGGAGCGGCCCGCCCGUCCUCCGAUACCAUGGCAGCCAUGCUUUCUGGUCUUGUGCAACUGUUAAUUUCAAGGGGAUUUCAGGGGAGCUCAGAUCCAAGAAGACUUGUGGAGCCUGAGAAGCUGCCCCAGGUGGCCACGGAUGUUCUGCGGAGAAUGCUGGCCUUUUCACUGGAUACCCUGGAUGAUCCACCGACGACUUCGGGUCACCAGACAGUAAGCGGCUGGAUUACGGUGUACUCCGGACAUACAUGCUGUGGUAUGGUAGCAGAGGAUUCCCUGAAGAGCUUCUUCAGUCACACGCUAACUCAGAUUCUGACUUACAAGCCCGUGCUGAAAGUGUGCGAUGCCAUUCAAAUGCAGAAAGAGUGGAGCUUUGCAAAGACCCGGCAUCUGCUCACGGAUCUGUGCUGCAGGGUUUUGGUGACGCUGGGUCCAGAGGAGUCCGUCGGCCGUUUGCAGGAAGUUCUGGAGAUGCAGGAGGUUAACUGGAAACAUGUGCUCUCCUGUGUGUCCACACUGGUUGUCUGCUUUCCUGAAGCACAGCAGCUGGUUAAAGAUUGGGUGGCCUCUAUGAUGUCCCGGGCCUUUGAGAGCUACCACCUGGACAGCAUGGUCACCGCGUUCCUGAUUGUGCGCCAGGCGACUCUGGAAGGGCCCUAUGUAUUCCCAUCCUAUGCAGAUUGGUUCAAGGAGUCCUUUGGGAGCUCACAUGGCUACCACAGCUCCAGCAAGAAAACAUUGGUCUUCCUCUUCAAAUUCCUGUCGGAGCUCGUGCCCUGGGAAGCCCCUCGGUACAUGCAGGUGCACAUUUUCCACCCACCCCUGGUGCCGAGCAAGUACCACUCCCUCCUCACAGACUACGUCUCCUUGGCCAAGACGAGGCUUGCUGAUCUCAAGGUCUCCCUGGAGAACGUGGGACUCUACGAGGAUUUGUCCACCCCUGGGGACAUUGCUGAGCGUGAGAGCCAAGCUGUCCAGGACGUUACGAAGGCCAUCAUGGUGUUUGAACAAACUGGGAAGAUCCCAAUGCCUGUCCUGGAGGCCAGCAUAUUCAGGAGGCCAUACUACCUGUCACACUUCCUCCCCGCACUGCUCGCACCAAGAGUGCUCCCGGAGGUUCCUGACUCCCGCGUGGCCUUUAUAGAGACCCUGAAGAGAGCAGAUAAAAUUCCCUCAUCCUUAUACGACGCCUACCGCAAAGCCUGUGCCACUGCUGAGGAGAAGCGGCCUGAAAAUGCCACCUCGGCUCAAAGGACAGGACCUGACAGUGCUGAAGAACCCCUGGGACUGCUCACAGCAGCACUUGAAGAACUCAGAGCUUUAAUGACAGACCCUACUCAAUAUAGCGUUAUAUCUGCUCAGCUGGCUGUGGUUUCUGAAAGACUAAAUGCUGUUCUGGGACACAGUAACCAUGAUGGCAGCCUCCGGAAAGCAAAGGUUCAGCUUGAUGUCCGUUCUUCCGCACUCCAGAGACAGGAGCAGGAGGUUGUGGAUCUCCUGCUCACAGCCUUCUGUCAGAACCUAAUGGCGGCCUCUAGCUUUGUGCCCCCAGAGAGGCAGAGCCCCUGGGCCGUCCUUUUUGUGAGGACCCUCUGUGGACACAUGCUUCUCCCUGCGAUGCUCACACGGCUCUGGCAGCUGCUCAGUCACCAGGGCCCAAGCCUGAGCGCCCCUCACAUACUGGGCGUGGCUGCUCUUGCGGUCCACCUGGGUGAGUGCAGCUCCAUGCUUCCAGAGGUGGAUCCAGGUGUUCUUGCUCCUGCUGGCAGCCUUGGUGUCCCCGACUUCUUAAGCAGCCUCCUGACCUGCUGCACGAGGGACUCUCUGCUCUUCUGCAUGAAAUUCUGCACAGCAGCCAUUUCUUACUGUUUAUGCAAGUUCCCUGCGCAGCGCCCUGCCUCCCUGCACGGCUGUUUGUCUCCAGGUCUGAUCAAAAAGUUUCAGUUUGUUGUGUUAAGAUUGUUCCCAGAGGCCAGAGCGCCUCGUGCUCCGGAGCACACCGCUUGCGUCCCAUGGGGACCUCUGUACCUUCCCUCCGCAGACUGGCAGAAUGCUGCGCUUGUGCUGUGGAGACAGAGCAGCUUCCAAGAGCUCUUGAAGGAGAAGGAAUUUUAUUUAUCUUACAGAGACUGGGUACAGCUGGAACUGGAAAUUCAACCUGACGCUGAUGUUCUCUCAGACACAGAAAGGCGUGACUUCCACCAGUGGGCCAUCUAUGAGCACUACUUUCCAGCGCCGUCGGCUUCAGGAGGCUGUGGUGGAGACCUGGAAGCGGCGUGCACAGUCCUUGUCAGCGAGCUCAUGAAUUUCCACCAAAGUUCGAGGAGUUACAACCGCUCAGAGGACCCUGAUCUGGUUCUCGGUGGCCGCACAGGAAACGAGGAUAUUCUUUCUAGGCUACAGGAGAUGUCUGUGGACCUGGAGCUGGAUCAGGGAUCUGUGCCUGGUGGCGGCUCCACCCCUCAGAGCCACUUUCUCUUUCGGGUGUUUAGAAGACGGCUGCAAGCUCUGUCCAGGCCAGACAGCACGGCUGCCAGCCUGAGGAGACAGCAGGAGCUGCUCCUAUGCAAACGGCUUCUCCUCCGCCUGCCUCCAUCUAUUCUUGUGGGUAGACCCCAGGCCAGACAACCUGUCCCUCCGAACUGUGAAGAGUUCUUUAACCUGGUCAACUCUGAGCUGAGAAACUUCUGUUGCCACGGCAGUGUCCUGACCUAUGACAUUACCAUCCACUUCUUCAGGGGACUCCUCAGUGUGUGCCUCCGAAGUGAAGACCCAGCACUGGUAGCCAACCAGAUCCUGACAGAGUGCCAGACUAAGUGUCCCGUGAUUUUGACUUCGGCGCUGUUGUGGUGGCCAAGCCUGGAGCCGGUGCUGUGCGGUCAGUGGAAGAGAUGUCAUCAGAGCACACUGCCUCGAGAGCUGCAGCUGCUGCAGGAGGCCCGGGAGUUUGCCAGCAAAUACCUGGUGGCCAGGAGCACGGCAACCAAAUGUCUGCCCUGGUGUUUGUGUGUCAGCUUCGCCUCCGACUCAGGGUCCCCAGCACCCAGACCCGCCUGGAUCGCGGCUGCUGCGCUGCACAUUGCAGCUGUUGAAGUUAGGAGGGAAAAUCUCCCUGGACAUCUGAGAAGGCUGGACGGCGAGGGAGAAGAGCUACUGAUCGCCCUCCUGUUCUUUUCCUUGAUGAGUCUACUCUCUUCCUACGUGACACAACAGGACACUGCUGAGUAUCUGAAGGCUGUGGACAUCUGUGCUGAGGUCCUCCUGUGCUUGGAAAGAAGGAAGGUGUCCUGGCUGACGCUCUUCGAGUUGACAGGGACAGAUGCCAGGCUGGGGCCCCUCCUCUACUCAGCCCCAGAGCAGCACACCCGGCUGCUACCACUUGCUUUCUACAGCCUCCUCUCCUACUUCAGCGAAGGGGCCACUGUCAGGGAAGCAGCUUUCCUGCAUGUUGCAGUUGACAUGUACCUCAGGCUGGUGCAGCUCUUUGUGGAUGGGGAAGCCAGGACUGUGUUACCUCAGGCUAGUGGAAGCGGAAGGCGCCAAGGGCACUCUGAGCUCCAGGGUAGCCCUGUACAACUGAUAACAAAGGCACGUGUUUUUCUGCUGCAGCUAAUACCUCAGUGCCCAAAACAGUGCUUCUCCAACAUGACAGAGCUGCUGGCUGCUCGAGGAGACUGUGACCCCGAGGUGAGCAACGCCCUCCGACAGAGGCAGCAGGCUGACCCCAGCUUUGACCUCUACCGGGAGCCUCAUCUGUUCUGACUGCACCAACCGGCGCCUUUGUGAAUAAUUUAUUGCAAGCAUAGCAUGGAGCUCUUGUUACACUAGAAAGUAGAUUACAAAUCUCCUUGAUUGCUCUAGUUAGGAAAAGAAAAAUUAAUUAUUCAUAAUCUGUGUCUGGCCUUAUUGUUCAGUGUCCAUAGGAAAAUAAAACUGCUGGUGCCACAGCAGGCUGAAGUCCA